GUUCCUCGAACGGGCACAGUCCCGUGCUCAACCUGUCCAAGACGGCGGGAAGCGGAAGCGUGGGCGAGCACUCCGGAAGCGAGGCAGAGGCGUCGCACCGUUCCCAAGACGACGAGGAGGAGGACGACAAUCUGUCCGAGGACCUGGACGACGACAACGAGAAGGACGAAGAUCUGUCGGACGUGCCGGAGAACCUGCCGUUGCCCGCGCCAGGAUCGGAGAGUCCUCAGGCCCUCAACUAUUCCCAGAUCGCCUCCGCGGCGGUUGCCGUUUCACAGGGGGGCCAGGAUCCCUCGGUCUCGAGUACGGAGACCCUGCUCAGGAAUAUCCAGGGCCUGCUCAAGGUCGCGGCCGACAACGCGAGGCAGCAGGAAAGGCAAAUCAACUACGAGAAAGCCGAGUUGAAGAUGGACGUUCUCCGAGAGAGGGAGGUUAAGGACAGCCUCGAGCGACAGCUUCAGGACGAGCAGAAGGUUCGAGGUGAGUGGAGUCGAUAGAUGCUCGGGACCGAU